UUCCAAACGUGGCGCUAAAAGUUCUGCCCUCCACGAUUAUUCCAAGCUUGCAUAUCAGUUUUAGCAUAAAUCCGCGCAAAGCUAGAGAGAGUGUAUGAGAAGCAAUCCAUAUUUGCACAGUAGCACACGCCACUCAAAAUUGAACAUUUCAAUCUCCAAUUCACCUCAAGAAACCUAGGGUUACUGCAAAUCAAUGGCCACCUAUUCACUCUCACUACUUCCAAUUCAACCUUCUUGUCGAAAACCCAAUGAUUAUCCAUUAUCACUUCCUCUUAUUAUCAAGUCAAACAAUUUAUUGAGUUCUUUAAUUGGAAACAAGCUCUCAAUUCGACCCUCGAAUUGGAGGCCUCAGGUUUCAAAGCAUCGUCCUGCAGCAGUCGCUACGGUCUUGUUUAGUCUCCCAACUGCGAAACCGGAGAGAGUAUCGCCUGAAAAAGCCCCAAAAUGGUCUGCGAGGUCGAUAAAGUCGUUUGCAAUGGGUGAAUUGGAAGCAAGGAAGCUCAAGUACCCUAAUACCGGGACUGAAGCUCUUCUAAUGGGGAUUCUGGUUGAAGGAACUAGUUUAGCUGCAAAAUUUUUGAGGGCCAAUGGAAUAACACUUUUCAAAGUACGAGAAGAAACUGUAAAGUUACUUGGAAAAUCUGACAUGUAUUUUUUCAGUCCCGAACAUCCACCACUGACUGAACCAGCUCAGAGGGCUCUUGAUUGGGCCAUUGAUGAGAAACUGAAGUCAGGUGAAAGUGGAGAAAUAACCACAAGUCAUUUGCUUCUUGGAAUUUGGUCCGAAAAAGAAUCAGCAGGUCACAGGAUAAUGGCUUCGUUUGGUUUUGACGAUGAAAAAGCUAAAGAGCUUGCCAAAUCUAUGAACGAGGAUAUCAUUUUGAGCUUUAAAUAGAGGCUUCAAGAAAAAAAGGUUAUCAAGAGCAACAAGUGCUUGUUGUUGGAACCCUCUCAAAACACUUCUGAAGAGAGAUGCUUUGGCAAAGUGAUUUUGCUGUCAAGGAAAUUGUUCUACACGCAGUCAUACAUCAUUUUUCCUGCAAAAGCUUCUCUUGAAAACAUUGACACUUUCAAAUUUUUGUUAGAAGGAAACCUAUGCAUUUCAAAUACCCAUAGAGGUACGUGUUGGUGACAUUUGAUUUUCUAGCUGAUGUGCUGUGGUCUCUCUUUUUUCCUUGAUUUAAACUUCAUUGCUUUAGAUGUUGGUUAAAUCUACAUUUAUUUAUGACUUAUGAGGACAAGCAUGCCAUUUCCAAAUUGUGGUGUUUUUUUUGGAACUUAAUUUGAAGUACCCUUGUGAUUAAUUGAAAUGAACCCUUUGUUCUUUAGCAA